CUGGAGCGUCUGAACGCACCCCUUAGUAAUGAGUUAGCUACGGAUGUGAUCCUUAACUCGCUACCCAAUUCAUAUCAUCAGUUCGUAAUGAACUAUAACAUGAAUGGGUGGGAAAGAACGAUCCCAGAGUUGCAUCAGAUGCUAAAAACUGCUGAGACAAACAUCCCAACUAAGGGCAAUCCAGUGCUAGCGAUCAGGGAAGGAAGAAUAACCAAGAAGAAGCAAUCCAAGGGAAAAGGCAAGGCGAGUAAGCAAGACAAGGGCAAAGGCAAAAAGGUUGCCACUCCGAAGGCAAAGCCUCAUAAAGAUGCCAAGUGUUUUCACUGUGAUGAGAUCGGGCAUUGGAAGAGGAAUUGUCCCAAGUACCUGGCUGAGCUGAAGCUUAAGAAGCUGCAGAUAGGAGAAUCCUCAGGGACUAAAAAGGAUUAGGAAGCUGAAGCAGGGUGACUUAGAGCUGCACGUUGGGAACGGGCAGAAAGUUGCUGUGAAGGCAGUUGGAGAAUUUGUUCUUGAAUUACCUUCUGGAUUGUUUAUUACUUUAGACAAUGUUUUUUAUGUUCCUAGUUUGACUAAGAAUAUUAUUUCUGUUUCUGCUUUAAGAGAACAAGGUUUUAAUUAUGCUUUUGAUAUUGUUAAUGGUAACAUUUCUGCAUUUUUAAAUGGCGUGUUCUAUUUUGAGGCUAAGCCUCACAAUGGUGUCUAUGAAAUAGAUACUUCUAACAAUAGAUCAAAUAAUAUAGUAUGCUCUCUUUCCUCUAAACGUGUCAAAACUAGCUUUAAUCAAACAUAUCGUUGGCAUUGUCGUCUUGG